CCUCGUCGCACGCUCCUGUCAAGCCGUAACCACCGCAGAACCACCGCACCUCUCUCUAUUCCUCCCGACCUCGACCACCGAGCCAUGAGCACGAGCACCACUCUUGCCACACCACACACAUGGGAUCCUGACUCUCCGUUUGACAAAUCCGUGCAAUACAGCAAGACGCCGUAGCUACGACGUCCUCUACCGGCUCCUUUUCCGCUCGCACGUCUGCAUACACCUCGUUGCCCUUGCGACUCGAUCGUCGACUCUCCGUUUUUCACAACCCGCUUGGGGUUCGCAUCAUAACACCGCAUCCGUCCUUGACCUGCCUCACUUCCGCCCGUCUACAUCACGCCGAGGCUCCCCAUUCGACCUCAUACUCGACCGAUCCUCGUAUCCCUGCUUAUAUUGAAGAUAUGGAGUACUUACCGUCCCAGCGACUGCGAUGACCUCACGGCCCCCUUUGGCCAUCUCUCAGCGACAGCCUCAGAGAACACUCAGCGGCUCGGGGUUGUCGCAGAGACCCGCCACUCAGCGCUCGCUGUCCCAACAGUACCCUCCGCAGUCUCCAAUCCGAAGAUCCGAUAGCUUCAGCAGCGAACAGGGCAUCGAUGGGGGCGAUGGGGCGCAGAGCCGAUAUGGCACAACCCCAAGGAGGGGAGGAUCCAAACUCAAGCUGGAGCUGGCUAAUGAUGGCAUCGUUCACACGGGUUUUGUUGAAUCGCCCCAAAACCCGGACCCCUUGUCCGCGAAUAAGGUCUUCACGCCAUCACGGGUCAUGUCCAUGACUGACGCUCCUGACCUCGGUGAUAUGAGCCCACAACCCUCGCGAUGCCAGACCGCCGACGGAGAUGCAGCUCCUCUCCCCAUGCCUCCACGCCGGGCUCGAUUUGCGCCACCAACAAAGCGGUUCCAGCCGCCACCGACGACUACGCCGGCAAAGAAAGAUUCGCGCCCUAAGCCCUUCGUACUCGAAGCGCCUCCCGACGCUCCUCGGUAUUCUAAUAUGGGGAAGCAAGAGCCGUCUGGUAGGACCAGGAAAAUCAAAUGCGGUAGCCACCGAGAUACUAAUAUUUUCCCAGGCUAUGCCGAUUUCAACCCCUGGCGUGGAGGACACCCUGAAGACCAGUUCUCCGACAAUAUCAUUCGCAUCGGCUAUUUUGACAAGGCUCCGGCGCAACCAACUCAGGAAGCCGCAUCUGCAAAGGCUGCAUUGUUUCCCGCCUUGAAGCACAAAAGUGGGCUACAUGCAUUGUCAACCAUAUUAACUGGUGUCUUGGGCCAGCGGCGUCACAUUGGACAGAUCUCGUCACCGUCUACUUUCAAACCUCCACCGCGCGUCACCCUCACAGAUACCAAGAGAGAGGUUUGGCUAAAGGAUCUUGCGAAUCCGACCAUACCCCUUCGCCGGCUCAGUAGAACUAUCCCUCACGGUAUCCGGGGUCGCGUGCUACUCGACCAAUGUCUCAACAAGAAUGUACCAACUGAUAGAGCUGUUUGGCUUGCAAAAUGUGUAGGGGCAAACGAAAUCAGGGCUUUCAAGCGUAAGGGGGUUAACAACACAUUUGUCAUGGGCGGGGAAGUGAAAUGGAUUCGAGACUGGACCCUGUGCGUGGAACAGUUUCUAGAGGCCAUCAUAAGCGCAUUCACCGAAGAGGAUUGGAAGGCCAAGGUUACAUAUGCCAUUCGUCUCGCUACUCACCUCUAUGCCGAGCAUCUUCUCGACCGCGAUCAUUACAUGGAAUGGUUAAUAUCAAGCGUCGAAAAUAGUCAUGAAGCUAAGCUACCUAUGUGGCUUUUAUUAGUUCAGAUUUACUGGAAAGAUAUGCUCAAGCUUCGACGCCAUGGACGACGUCUCGUAACCGCUAUGCUUAACCACCACUGUUCGAUAUACGACAGUCCGGAUAGAGACAUUCUACUGCCAUUAUCGGCCCAGCUGGGAUCUCUCGUUGAAUCCCUCAUUCUAACAUGCCCGGACAGUUUUGUGCACCCUGCGACUUGGACUCAGUUUCGAGACUCCCUACAAACUUCCCUUCCUUUAGAUAAGGAAUCCACGUGUAUCAUAUUCAGAGCUAUCGACUCUCGAAAUGAUUCUUUAACCAGCUCUACGGUCAAAACACGACCAGCCGUUCGAAGUACAUUAGUUGCACUGCUCGACGACAUGCUGCGCCUGCCAUUCAAAGAUGAUAUUCCUGGACAACUACGCAAGGCUACUCAUAAUCCGUCAGUUCUCAUACGCACCACACUUGAAUGGUGUACAUCACUUUACCGGUUUGGUGCUGCGAAAGUCUAUAUCGCAGCAACGAUUCUACGGUCAAUAACAGACCCCAACACUGACCUUACCACCGAGAUACUUGUGUUUCUAGAUGCUGACGCACUUCAAGAAGCCCCACGAAAACAGAGUAUUUAUCACCUCAUCUCAGAGCUUGUUCGCUCAGGUCAUUUUUCUGUCCCUUUGUACAUCCAAUGGCUUAUCGCUCGAGGCGGCCUUGUUGACCCUUCUGCGGCGCAACCAGAUGGUCCUUGUUGUAUGAGGCUUCUAGCUGAGAUCCCUUCUCAUUCGUUCAGUGAUUCCAUGAAAAGUUUGAGAGCGUCUCUGCUUCGAAGGGCUUCUUUUUUCGUCGAAGAUGAAGAAAAAGAUAUCGGAACAGCAAUCAGAUGUAUCAAACACGUAUUAUCGAUUCCGCUUGAGCCCAAUGACCCUAUCUUACAAAAACCGCCAAUGAGUGUCAAAAAGUUAGCCAAGAGGAUAGGGCUAAGCAGUCGUUGUCUGAAAUAUGAGGUCUGUUCAUGGCUUGCACACGGCCUCGUCGAUAACACUGUUCAACAGUUUCAACCCGAUAAACCUCAUCUCGAGCCGCUUGAAAGAUGUUUUGAUAUAGUCCGAAACUUGUUAGAAGCCGCUCAAGAUUUCAGCAUGCUCGACACGACGCUAGAUUACCUAACACAGUCGUCCGACGUAGAGACGUUAUCCUACUGUGUGAACACUGUCAGCCUCCAUUUGCCCGUAUUUUUCGCGAUCGGCUCUGCAAAAUCGCUUUUCCAUUCGUUCUACAAUCGUCUCAAGGCUCUUAGCGUGGAACAAGGUCUUGGGGUGCGACCGCUUCUCGCCUCACUCGCCAGCCUUGCCCCCCGACUCCCAGGACUCGAGCCAAUCGCAUCACAGUUACGGAAUGAAUUGCUUCUGGCAGAUCGAAGUAAUGCCGUCGAUGCCUCAUCGCCGUUAUCAGACAAUAUGGCUACCCAGCUUCAGGAUGAUGAGACAGAAUUGGGUGAACAGAUCGAAAAGUUGGCCAACUAUACAAGCGCUGACAAGCAUACCAUGGAACGCCUCUUUCAUACAAUCGUGAGUAAGAUUGUCAUCUGCUGGGCCAAAGGCGAUGAACGACAACGUCCCUACUCUAUUCUAUUGUCACGUCUCAGAGUUUUCGACACGCAGUACUUUGACACUCUGAUGAAAGAGUGGGUACAACAUAUCCGCAAGCUGACGAAGCGAGCACCAAUUGCCCAAAUGUACCCACUGCUCGUCAGCUCCGGGUGUCUUUCACUCACUACCCUCCUAGCAACUGCACUAAGAGGUCAGGGUCAAGGUACACAGCCUCAACCCAACGCAGUGGGCUCAGCCUCUACUUACAUGCAAGAAAUCCUGCAACUGUUGAUGAAGCCUUUGAUUCCCGAUCAGAUCAUGGCCUCGGAUGACUGCUACCGUUUUCGAAUUAUCCAGGGACAAGCUCGCCUUGAAUAUGCCAAAGAGGUUAUGCUUUUGGUUCGUGGAUCGCUAGCGGAAUAUGCAGCAUCUCGAAACCAACAACCCCCUAGACCGCAGCCUCUCGAUGAUGAAAAAGUUAAGUCUUAUCUUUUUGAGCUACUUAGGGAUCUAGUCCUUAUCGAUCCUCAAGCUGCCAGCCAGACUUUGUCCCUGAGGAGCCCAGAUGCGAAGCUAGCUACGCUUAUUGAAGCCCUCACAACUAAACUUUUGGUUCCACAUAGCGGAGGUGGACAGAAGACUUUUGAGCAGGUCUUGGAGCUGGCAAAUGAGUUCACACUCCCAUUUUGCCAAGUCAAGCUUUCGCUAAAUCUAGCGAUUCAUGACCCCAGCACGCCUGAGGGAGCCGAGAAACUUCAAACGCAAUUCGAGCAACUUUCCAUUGCAAUGGAUAACGCGAUAGAAGCAGACAAUAUAAUGUGGACUGGGAUGCUCUCUUACUUAAGCUCUGACAUCACACUACAUCUGAAAAAUCGAGCAGAGGCGCGAUUUCUCGACCUGUUCCCCUCAAUCAAGAGCUUACCCUUUGACGAAGCUGCAUCUGGAAGUGACAUUCACAUGGCAGAGAAUUUACUAACGGUUGUUGAUUCGGUUCUUCGAGGUGCACUUAUGUCGAGACUCCCUCCCUUUUCAAGCGGGAUAGCGGACAGGCUGACAGAUCUUUGGGAGAUCUUGGCAUCUUCGAAUGAAGAGUGCGCAGGGUUGAAAGCAGCUGUACUUGCGCAUUGGCUGCCCUUACUUUUGUCAUUCCUUGCUCUUCAGGCCCCCCAAUUUUCAGCCGUCACAGAGGCUUCCAAGCUCCUGGGCAGUGACACCCGCGCCCGUAUCCUUGUUAUCCUGGCAGGGGUCAUGUUAGAGCUCGACAAGUACCAAGCCUCCCAACUAGGGCCACGCAUCUUCGAUAUUGCCCUAGUCCUCGCUGACAACCUGCCAGAGGAGGCCCGCCUCCAAUGCGUGCGUGCUGUGAAGGAUUACACUGCAGACCACCGGCUCCGGUACCUAUUCAGCUUUUCUGCGGAUCCGGCUGAAAACUUGAUGCUAGCACAUAGGGAAAAGCCUCCAGUUGGUGUCCACGAGCGCAGGAUGAUGGCCAUGAACUUCGGUAUCGGAAUGCCACCAGAGAAGCUUACACCCUUUACAUUCAGACGCUGGGAGAUCCUUAAUGAGCCAACUCCCAACGUAGGGGAGAACGACACAAGUCUAAGCUUGACAUUAUUUGAUGCUAGGAAGAUAUAGUAAUCCUUGAUAUUUUUCUGCUGAUACCCCCACCUAUUUUAUUCUUUGGUUCGUGGCGAGUAUUAGGAUGGCACAGCUACUACAGGUUUUUUUUUCUUUGUAACGUAAUAGACAUACUUCAUGACGGCGCCUGGCAUAUUCUGUUCAUGGGACACACUCAGGAUGGUCCUGGGAUUGCGGAAGGUUGA